GGCUCCCGCAGUCGCUGUCUGGGUUCCAUUCAGUUCGCAUCACUCUUUAGUCGAGAGCGCAUCCGGAGUUGAAUUUUAGUGAAAAAUUUGAAUAAUUAACUUUAUAUCCGCUGAGAUAGUGACAAAGCGAUUAUGUGUAACCAUUGAAAUAAUAUGGCAUCGAUGUGAAGCUGUGGAAAACAUAUGCAUUUGAAUUAUUCCGCAGACCAACCCAAGGAAAGUGAUCGGUUAUAAAAAAAAACUAAUUUAGCCUGCAGCCACCAUGUUUGAUGUGUUUGGCUCCGUUAAGGGGCUUCUGAAACUCGACCAAGUAUGCAUCGACAACAAUAUUUUCCGACUGCAUUACAAGGCAACGGUUGUGAUCCUGAUCGCAUUUUCGUUACUCGUUACAUCUCGCCAAUAUAUUGGCGACCCAAUUGACUGCAUCGUUGAUGAAAUACCUCUGAAUGUCAUGGAUACAUAUUGCUGGAUUUACUCAACUUUCACCAUACCGAAUCGUUUGACUGGUAUUGCGGGUAAAGAUAUUGCCCAACCGGGAGUCUCUAGUCACGUCGAAGGUGAUGAAGUGAAAUACCAUAAAUACUAUCAAUGGGUGUGUUUUGUGUUGUUCUUCCAAGCCAUGCUGUUUUAUGUUCCACGCUACUUGUGGAAAACUUGGGAAGCUGGCCGCAUCAAGAUGUUGGUGCUUGAUCUCAAUAUGCCGGUGGUGAACGAUGAAUGCAAAGAUGAACGCAAGAAAAUUUUGGUUGACUAUUUUAUAGAGAAUAUAAAUAGUCAUAAUUUCUAUGCGAUUAGAUUUUUCAUAUGUGAAGUGUUAAACUUCAUCAAUGUGCUUGGACAAAUUUAUUUCAUGGAUUUCUUCCUCGAUGGCGAGUUCUCGACGUACGGCAGUGAUGUGGUCCAAUUCACCGAGAUGGAACCGGAGGAAAGAGGCGAUCCGAUGGCUCGGGUAUUCCCCAAGGUGACUAAAUGUACAUUCCACAAAUAUGGUCCCUCGGGAAGCGUGCAGAAGUUUGAUGGCCUUUGCGUGCUACCUUUGAACAUAGUCAACGAAAAAAUCUAUGUAUUUUUAUGGUUUUGGUUCAUCAUUCUGACUAUUCUGACUGGAGCAUCACUGGUAUAUCGUUUUGCCGUUAUUUUCAUGCCCAAAAUACGACUAUACUUGUUACGAGCAAGAUCUCGCCUGUCUGAUAUCGUCGAUAUAGAAACAAUUUCAUCCAAAUGUCAACUAGGAGAUUGGUUCAUUUUAUAUCAGCUGGGCAAAAACAUCGAUCCUCUGAUUUACAAGGAAGUUUUGAACGACCUUUCUGAAAGGCUUCAAGGAAAAGAAAUGGUGGAACAACCAUGAUUAGAAAAGAAAGAAUAAAGAUUUUCAGAAAACAGGUUUUUUUCGAUAGACAAUCUCCCUCAGAUGAAGUAAAAUAAAACUAAUAAGCAGCUCACAGGAAUCUGCCGGACAAUCAAUCCAACGGAAGGUUGCAAUUGUAGAGUACAGCGGAGUGAUAGCAGAUGUCACAAGUUAUGCACAACAGACGUCUUCCAAAAUGUCAUGAUUUAUAUCAACAACUCAUCAAGUAUUGAAAAAAGGCUUUUCCUGAUCGACAAAAUUUUUUAUCAUGUUAAAAAAACGAGAUCUACUUUUUUAAAUAUAACAUUCCGCAGUAUAUUCCAUGAAAGGCACUGAUUAAACUAUCCGAUUGAUUGAAUAAUGCUGAAGAUAAAUGCCAUAUACAAUCAUUCAACGGAAGCUAGUGUAAGACAACAUUUUAAUGAAACUUGAAUCAAAAUUUUUCUUUUUUUAUUUGUCCAAAAAAAUUAUACAAAUAGCGAGGCGUGUUUCCAACGGCUGUAUUACUGUUAGAAGGCAAAUGUGAUGAAAUUACCGAUUAAAUUUUAGAGAAUACCAUUUCGAACAAUUGACUUAACUUUUCAAGGCAUGGUCAAAUGCUCAGCAUAUCAGAAACACAAAAAUAAACGAAUGAAUAAAGACGAAUUAAAAAUCAACAAUCAAUCGUUAUGAAUUAGGAAAAUAUAAUAGAUCUGAUUCAUUGAGCAUUUAUCAACAAUUGCGGAAUGUAAUAGCAUUUUAACUCUUAUAUUGUAGUACACGAUCGACAAAAUAUUUCACAUCAAAAUAAAGUUAUUCAAGUAGGAGUACAA